AUGUCGCCUGUCGUCACUACUCCUGACAGUGUACCACAACUACCUGUUUAUGACCUGGGAAAUUCCUUUACUGCAGAGGAAUUACAAGAUGGGUUGUUCUUAACUGAAGAAAUAAAGUUUAACGCGGAAAAUUCUUUUGCCUUAAAAGGAGAAGAAGAAAAUUAUGCAAAAAGAGUGGAAGAACAGCAGCAGCAACCAGAGUCUGAAAAAGUCAGUGAGAGUGAUACCGACGAUUCCAGUUGGACUAAGAAAAAACCCGUCAUAGUUACUAGCCAAAAUCACCAAAGGAUUGAUUUUAUCGAUCUUUUAGAUACCACAGGAGGAUUGGUUCAUCACGAAAGUCCAUAUGAUUGUGUCCUACCCCACCGAAACGUAAAUUCUAAAGCACCGAUUUUGGCAUUCGGUCAAAUCGAUGAUAUUUUUCAACCAGACACACAAGAUCAGGAUUUGAAUGAAAAAUAUCCGGCUAAAAAGCAUGCUUCGUACAGUGUAAAUUACAGGGAUAGCUUUUUGGAAGGUUCUUCUGCUUAUGGUAUACAUCCACCUAAGAUCCCCGAAAAAGCUAAAAGAAAUAGUAUAUUUAACUUGAAAAGAUUGAUAUCAUCCCGGAGAAAAGGUCUUGACUCGCAAGAGGAAAAAAAUGACAAUUCAAUCAGUUCUCGAAAGAACGCCGCAUCCUCUCGUGUUGAAGUGCUAAAAAGUUCGGAAUAUUGA